UAGUAUCCUAUUGGAGCAGAGCUCAGCCGGAGCGAAAUGGAUACUGCGCCACUAGUCAGAGGUCCAAUGUACAAUGUACCUACCAUAAAAUGUCCAUCGUAUGCUAGCGGGUGCGAAUAUGGCUAUGCUAACGAAUCCGAAUAGAAUCACUGGAUUGAUGGACUCACGUCGAAGCUACACAUCUCCGACGUUCACUUGUCAGACUCUGGGAAUUACUCCUGUGUUCCUACAAUUGCGGGGGCAACCAGUGUUAAUGUUCAUGUUAUAA